AUGCGAGUCACAAACCAGUAUGCCCUCGGCCGAUGGGGCACAGCUUGGGGAUUCCGUAUUGCUGCUGCCGUCUCCAUCCUGGUGUUAUUCUACCUGGCCUUGUCCUCUAGCCUGUCGAAGGAGUUGCUUGGCACCGGGCAUUGGACCGCACCAUCGCCCAACGAUUCCAACUCUAAACACACGGCCGAACCCGUCUCGUCGUCGUUAGCAGAGCCCACUCAAGUACCGCAGUUGGACUCGCCCGCUGCUCCAACGUCGAUCAUCGAAGUGGAGGUGGAGGCCACCUCGACGGCGAUCAUCGAGCAGCCAAAACCAACGUUCAUCGAGAGUACACACGUCAAUAAGAACCUGGACCUGCCUGCCCUCCUGGCGCAAUUGUGGAAGCCAAAAUGCCACCCGCUUGAGAAUCCCGUUUUCAUCACCAACGAGGGCAUUUGGACGAAACCGCUUGGGAACAAGGUGGUGGUCAUCGAUGUCGACACACGAGUUAGCGAGGACAAUGAGAACACGCUGCUGAACCCCAACCCGUUUGACUUCACGAAGCUUGGUGGAAGGACUGGUGGCCAUCUGAACCACUAUCUCUAUGCAUUGAUCCACGGCUAUGACUACCGACUCAUCAAGGCCGCCGACUACCCCGAUAGACACGGUACCUGGGUCAAGGUCAGCAUUCUCAAGGAGGCUCUCAAGACGCACGACUACGUGGUAUUUCUCGACGCCGAUGCCGUCAUCACCCACCUCGAGCUUCCCGUCGAGUGGCUCAUGAACCUCUGGAACUACAAACCCCACACCCUCAUCGCCAUGGCCGAAGAUCUGGACAUCCCGCCGGACUACGACCCCCAGGGCAAGAUCAUCCUCAACACCGGAUUCCUCAUCGCGCAGGCCAGCGAGCGGACGAACCAGAUGAUGGACAUGUGGGAGACGUGCCCCGAGAAGAUCGAGGGCUGCAACCACUGGAAGCACAACUGGGCCCACGAGCAGUCGGCCUUCUCGUACUACAUCCGGUACAACUUCACCGAGCCCGACGAGGUGCGCAACAUCCCGUGCGCCCACGCCAACGGCAACGAGUACUACGAGGAGGGCAAGGGCGCGUGCCGGGGCCACUUUGUGAGCCACAACUGGCAGACCAAGGAGAAGACCGUGAGCAUCCUGCAGAGGAGCGUCAUGAGGAUGCUGGUCGACCGGCUGCACAGCCACUUCAAGGACGAGCAGCACACGCUCUUCGUCAACGGGUCGGCCACUCCGUAUCCGAUCCAGGGACUUCAUAUUUAA